GUACCCUCUACGCGAGGAAAGCAGCCACUCUGCGUCUGCAGUGAAGAGAGUAUUUAGCUGGUGAAUGGAGUGCUGGAAACAGUAGUAGCAGAGAAUCCAGCAAUGGGUACCGACAAGCCAAACCGGGUCGGGUUGAUUAUAUCCACCACACCCUUGAUUCGGGGUUUCCUCUCCGAUGCGUCAAAAGACGCGAGUCUUUCCGAUGAACUUCGACAAGCAUCCUCCGACCUGCUCCUCCAAUCGGAGGUACCCUACGCCGCACUUCGUGCUGUGUGGAUGUCCUCUGAUCCAUCCACCAGACCCGACUUGACCCGACUUUUUUCGGGCACCCGUUUCAUCUUCUCCAGCCCUAAGCCCAGGGAGAAGAGUGAAGAAUUGAAAGCGAGGCUGAGAAAGCUGGAAGAUUUAGCGGAGCGGAAAGCGUAUCAAGAACUUGUGAAGGAUAUUGCACCGCCUAAGGAUGUUCCGGAACCAUUUUCUUCUUACAAGGAUCAAUUAGGGUUUGGUAAAUUCUUCUUCACUUUAGUUUACCAUGUUGAUACAUGUAAAAAAUGAAUUUUAAUUACAAUGCACUAAUCUCUGUGGAUGUUAAGAUAUUGACUUUUACCAUAAUUUCAAUGCACUGAUCACUGUUGACGUUAACAUAUUGACUUUCAUCAUAAUUAUAGUGCACUAAUCACUCUUGAUGUUAAGAUAUCGACUUUUGUCCUAACAAAUUUACAAGCUAUAUCUGGAGCAGUUUCUAAUUUGUUGGCAACGUAAAAUCUUUUCUAUGUAUCGAAUGAAAAUUAAACUAUUGGCCGUUACUUGUUGAAACUUUGAUGCUUAAUUUGCUCAUUUAGUUUGAACACCCUUUGCUAGAUUGGGUAGGUUAUUUUGCUUUAUGAUCUCAU